ACUGAUCAAAAAUUGAAGUAGAAGAAGAAGAAGAAGGUUUACCAGAUUUUGAUUUUAUUGAGUGAUUCUGAAUAUAUAAUUCAGAAUUUGAAAGAAGAGUGAUGCAAUGAGGGAUGAGUAUUCAAAGAGAAGCAAGCUGUCUUGGUCCAGAAAAUUGGUUAGGAAAUGGUUCAGUUCAAAGGGAAAAGCUGUAGAAUUUGAAUCUGUUUAUGGAGGAAGUUAUGAGCGGAGAACAAGCAUCUUGGAGUGGGAACAUUGCGCAAUCAAGAAGACCAAAACAGAGAAAUCAACCAGGUGUAUGGAGCAUCUCCCACGGGGGAGUGUUAGUCUUGAUCGCCCUAAGAUUAUAAAUGUACAAGAUUAUAGACUCUUUGUGUCUACAUGGAAUGUGGGUGGAGAAUCGCCGCUAAGCAAUUUGAAUCUAGAUGAAUGGCUUCAUUCUUCACCCCCUGCAGAUAUCUAUGUGCUUGGAUUUCAGGAAAUUGUUCCUUUGAAUGCUGGUAAUAUCCUGGGAGCCGAAGACAGUGGCCCUGCUAAAAAGUGGAUCGCUUUGAUCGGGGAGACACUAAACAGCGGUCCUGGUACUAGUGGAGGUUAUGGUUGCUACUCUUCUUCUCCUGUUCCAAUUGCCGAGUGGAAUGCUGACUUUGAGGGGUCAAAUAGAUACAAAACAUCAUACUUCUCUCAUCGUCGGUCAGUUCAGACACCUCAGUAUGGAAGCAUGGAAAAUGAUCCAUCAAUCUCGCAACUUUGUGUGGAUGGACGAUACAGUGUUUGUGAUCGUGUAAUUUUUGGACAUAGGUUUAGUGAUUUUGAUCCUAAUAGGGAGCGGAAGCCAAGUGACUUUUCAUCUUCUCGCAGACCAAGUGACUAUACCUCUUUUCAUAGGCCAAGUGAUUAUUCAUCUGGUCAUAGGCCUAGUGACUAUUCCUGCGGACAAAGGCCAAGUGAUGUCUCCAGAUGGGGCUCAUCAGAUGAUGAGUAUGGACCUGGAGAUUCACCUACCGAUUCGUUUUCACCUGUAACGAAUAGAGGGUAUGCUCCUGCGGAAGAUGGUUAUAGAAUGCCCCGAAAUUCAACCUACUGUUUAGCAGCAAGUAAACAAAUGGUUGGUAUUUUUCUCACCGUAUGGGUGCGGGGUGAUUUGAGGGAACAUGUUCGGAAUCUGAAAGUAUCAUGUGUUGGCAGAGGGUUGAUGGGGUACCUUAGGAAUAAGGGAUCUAUUUCAAUGAGUAUGCAGUUGCAUCAAACAAGCUUUUGCUUUGUCUGCACUCACUUAACCUCUGGUCAGAAAGAGGGUGAUGAGUUGCGCAGAAAUUCUGAUGUCAUGGAGAUCCUAAAGAAGACAAGAUUUCCGCAAGUUAGUCGUGUGGAUGAAGAGAAGUCACCAGAAACUAUUCUUGAGCACGACCGGGUUAUUUGGCUUGGGGAUCUGAACUAUCGAAUUGCACUCUCUUAUCGUUCUGCAAAAGCACUUGUUGAGAUGCAAAACUGGAGAGCAUUGUUGGGAAAUGACCAGCUGAGGUUAGAACAGAGACGUGGUCGAGUUUUUGAGGGAUGGAAAGAAGGAAAGAUAUAUUUCCCACCAACAUAUAAAUAUUCUAGGAAUUCAGAUAGGUAUUCAGUUGAUGACAUGCAACCAAAGGACAAGCGUAGAACACCUGCAUGGUGUGAUCGUAUUUUGUGGCAUGGUGGGGGUCUCCAACAGUUGUCUUAUGUCCGUGGGGAGUCUAGAUUUUCAGAUCAUAGACCUGUUUUCAGUAUGUUUUUGGCCGAGGUUGAAUCAGAACACAUUAGAUUGAGGAAAGUGAGACGUUCAAGCUCAAGAAUUGAGGUGGAGGAGCUCUUGCCUUACUCACAUGGUUAUACCGAACUAUGCUUCUUUUGAAGUAGAAGUGAGGACAUAAAUCCUCAGUGUCUGGUGUACUCCCCUUUUUUGUCUAGAUUCGGGCAGGCGUUGCUUUGGAAAACUCAACCACAAAGGGAUACUGGGGACCAUCCAUAUCCCACAAAUUGAAAAAGAAUCUUCGAGCUUGGUGGCUUUGGUGAGAUUAUGGCCAGCCAUGCAAGAGAGCACGGUGUGUCAACACAGUUGAUGUCUGAGCUGUGGCUACGAGUCUGCUUUUGGUAUCUCAGUUAUGGAAGAUCAAGUUGUUGUAGGUCCUUGAGAAGGUGAAGUUAACUACAGUCAACAGAACAAACUGUCUUUGGGACUCUUUUCCCCUUGAGCAUUGGAAGCUGAAGCUAAUGCCUCGCCACGAUACUAAUUAGCUUCUUCUUGUUUGGUCAAUUUUUAACAAGAUGAGCUCGAGCUACGGUUAAAUAGGACUACCAAGAGAGAAAAUGACAGUUCAAUUUGUUUUAGACCAAAGAUUCAACGGCAUAAAGAGAACCAGACAUGGUGGAAAGUUAUCAUGUUUGAUUAUCUGGUGUGUACUCUAUUACAAACUUCAGAGGAACACAAAAACACAAACUAAGAAAACAAAGAACAGAUUGUUAUACCUCAUUUUAACUUGAGGUUCGUACUGUGUACAACAUAUUGGUGAAUCUUGAUUCUAUUUUAAAGAAUCGCCACCUAAUUAUGUUAAAAGGUGAAUUAGGACAUCUAUUUUACUAAA